CUAUCAUCCAUUUAUCCCUGUUUCCGUGUGUCAAUAAUAUGGUUGGAGUUGAUGCAUAACUUGUAAAACUAAGUGACAGACGCAAAAAAACCAUGCCCAUUUUUAUCUCAUGUUUCCCUUUGAACCUACGUCAGAGCAAAUCUUUGUUGGCAGCUGCUAAAUACACCAGGGCGUGCCAACUGUCACCCAACGACAACCUAGGCAACCAACUACCGGUGAAUGAAUGAACCGAAUAAAACAUUUCCGGCAAUUUUGUCUUUCUGUGCGGCGUUCCGCUGAUCCUCCAUUCCCCUUUGUCCUUGUCCAUUUGUAAAUUUUCAUUCUAUUUCCAAGAUCAAAAAGGACCCAGCACAGAAUAAUUGGUAUUUGCUCCUACUUGCAUUUCCACCGAUCUUGGAAGACAAUGAUCAGAGGAAAAACGUUACACAACAAUUCAAAGACUUUGUAAGAGAGCUAACAGACAAUAAAUUUGUAUGAAGUCAAAGAACAUGAAGAACAAAGCUAAGCGAGAGAUCAUCACUCAGCUUAACAUUUCCCAUACCAGAAAUAAGGGUAUUGGAUACAUCUACUAGAGUGAUUUUCUCUCUUCUAGAGGACAAAUGAUAAGAAUGAAAACAAGUAGACAUACCUGUCAUAUGGUCAGAGGCACCUGAAUCAAUAAGCCAAGUGGUGGGUGCAGUAACUGAGUUAUGAUAGGCAAAGGAAGAAUCACCUGACUUAGCAAAAAGCUAUAGAAGGAACGUUGGGAUCAGAGGUGCUGUUUGGAAAGAGAAAACAUGGUAGCCUGCCAAAUUUUGAGUUUCUGAUGGAAGUUAGAAGCGUAGAUGAAAGCUCCAAUACGAAGCUGUUCUUUUUCACUACUCGUUGACUACUUUGGUUGAUAAUUUGUAGAAGUAAUUGUGAGCAGUUUACAGAUAUGCCAUAAAAACAUUUGGUAACCUAAUAGCAUGGCUAUAAGUUUCAAGUAUUGGGAUGACUGUAUUGAUCCUAAGGACAUGGAAGCGAUGUGGAUGGAUCCUGAUGUGAGCACUGAAUGGAUUAAUGCUGGGGAGACCAGGGGGCAGAAAGUUCACCUUUCACGGGAUCCUGAUGGGCAGCCUUUUCUCACACAGACAGAGAUGAAGGCUGUAACUGGGAUUAUUGUCCACAGACACUUCCUAUCACAAAUAGAUCCGGACAUGAUUUGUGCUAUUGCUGAACUUGAAAGUGACAGACAACCCCUUGAAAAGCGGUAUAACCGAAAAACUAAGGAAACUACAAUGGGAGUCGUGCAGUUAGUACCAAAAACUGCAGAGUGGCUGUUCAGUGAAAUGGGUUAUCGAACAUAUGAAAUAGAAGGUGACCCAACACUUCUUUACAGGCCUUUCAUAAAUGUAUAUUUUGGAGCUGCCUAUCUCAAGUGGUUGUCAAGUUAUGAUCAAAAGGAGAGAAAUGAGGAAUUUGUAGUUAGGGCUUAUAAAGGUGGCAUAAAAAAGGCAACUCAUAAAUCAACAUUGGAUUACUGGAGACGGUACCUCUCAGUCAAACAGAGUCUUCCAUACAGGAGACACAGUUAUGUUGGUCAUUCUUCACGGACUAAUGCUUCUGCUCCUGCUGCACCUGUUUCAGUAAAAACAGGUGAUGCAUGGGCAUAUUGGGACACUAGAGCUUCUCCUGAAGACAUGGAAGAGUUGUGGAAGCAUCCUGAUGUCCUUAAAGAGUGGGCCAAGUCUAGAGAGAGAAAAGGGCAAGUGCGAUUUUCUCAUGAUGCAGAGAAGAGACCAUACCUUUCUCGGAUAGAAGUUAUGGCAGUUGCUGAAAUCAUUAUUUCAAAACAUUUUAGUUCACGAUCAAUCAAACCUACAAUUCUAUCUGCCCUUGCAGACAUUAGUAGCAUGCGCUUUGUGAAUGGUGUAGGUUCAUGUACUGGAAUAAUGGGAAUUGAUUUCCGCAGAGCAACCUGGCUCUACAAGGACUUGGGUUACAAGGCUUACAAAGUUCACUCUGUUGAAGAUCUUUCCAAUCCUUUUGCAUCCAUGUACUUUGGUGCAGCUUAUUUGUCAUGGCUAUCAGAAUAUGAAGGGAGGAAAAGAUCUCCCCAAUUUAUUGUUCAAGCAUUCCUCAGAGGGCCAGAGAAUAUUAAUCUUCAAGAGACAGGAACACUUUGGGUUAAAUUUGAGGAAGUCUUAAGCUAUUAUGAACACACAAAAAAGGAACAUGGAAACUGCUCCAUUUUAUAAAUUGCAUAUCACUUGCAUUACUCUAAAGGCACCGAAGGUCACUUGGUUCUAAUUUAUAUGAAGGUUUGGUGAUUGUUAUUUUUAUGAGCUACACCUCUAAUUCGUUGGAAGUGUCAAAUAGGAUGACUAAUCAUGUGGACAUAGUUGAGCAAAUACUAUCAAAGCUAAAGUUCUUUGUAAGGAUGUUCAAAUGAAGAAAUUUUCAUAUUUUGGCCAUUGAAACUGUGAGGACUUUUAAGCAGUCUUGUUAUGUUGAUUAAUGUAUCUUUUGCAUGUAAUGCUUCACCAUAAUAAAAUGGAUAAGGAUUCCAUUGGUGACCACAUUUAGGGCAGUCAAAACUGAUUGAAUGUGGUAAAAAGUACCAAGUUAUUGAACAAAGAAAUAAAACUCCAUGUCGAUCAGAUUUCAA